UCUGGUUCUCGGGUCAGGAGGUUCUCUGAGGUAGACACACUCGGUGAACUGAGAGCUGGUUCUGGUCGUUACUUACAAGUUGGUAGAAGAUUGGAGUGUGACUGAAUCCAACUCCUCGGUGUUUCCAGCCUUUUCCACUUUCUAUCGCGGCUUCAAAUACCCGAUGAAGGAGCAGCGCUUCGAAAGUUCGUGGUUUCACGUAAACCUGUUGGUAAAUACAGUGGUACCGGGACUGCAGAGAACAACAGGAGGAAGUCUUUCAGGCCCUCCAGCCUGUUUCACAAUUCGGCACCUAAACAUCCCUGUCAUCACAUUUCACCGCAGCUUUUGAUCCUGCUUACCAACCAGAGUCUGUCUCAACAUUUAGUUCCAGAAGAGUACUAGAACAAAGCUUCAAGAUCAACUGUCUUUUUAUCAUGUUGCCACCACAUUGUGACAUGGAAAAACGAGCUCUUUUUUCAGGAAAUGAAGGAUCAGGACUCAUUGGACUUAAAUCUGUGAUUAAACGAAGAGUACAUGCAAUUGCUACUUUUAAAAUUGGGGCCAUUCUGCUUGCUAUUGUUCUAGUUAGUGUAAUUGCCUGCUAUAAUUACUCUGUACCAGAUUUUUUAGUAACUUCUAGAUCUAUUACCAUGAACAGAACUACACUAGAUCUAUUGUGGCAAUCUCUAAAUUAUGAAAAUAGGUCAGCAGCCUCAGAAAUGAUGAACAAAAUAUCAUUCAAUAAGAGUCAUUACAGCCACUGUCAGUGUGAUGUUGAUUACAUCAAUAGGUUAGAUUGUGCUUUCAAUGAAGUGAUUGACAUGAAGAAAUGCCAGGCACGUGGCUGUUGUUGGAAUCCAAAUGCCAGUACAGGUACCCCACACUGUUUCUUGCCAUCAAACUAUCCUUCUUACAACAUGGAUUAUCUUUCUCCAACCAGUACUGGCUACAAGGCCACACUGAGCCGCAAUGAGAAGACUUUGUUCCCGAAUGACAUAAUGGCACUUGAGCUGAAUGUAAUCUAUGAGACAGCAGGCAGACUUCAUUUUACUAUUAAGGAUCCAAGAAACAAACGUUAUGAGGUUCCUAUUGAUGUUCCUAAUGACAUUGAAAAGCCUUCAACUGAACUCUACACAGUUAGGUUUUCAUCCAGACCUUUUGGCAUCAUUGUACAAAGGAAAUCAAAUGCCCUUGUUCUCCUGAACACAACAGUGGGGCCGUUGUUUUAUGCUGAUCAGUUUCUGCAGAUCUCUACCUCCCUGGCCUCAAAGUACAUCUCUGGUCUGGGAGAGCACAUGACAAACCUGAUCCUCGAUCUUAAUUGGACUCGAUUAACUCACUGGAACAGAGAUCAAGGACCUCAUCCAAAUGCCAAUUUAUAUGGCUCACACCCUUUCUACUUGGUGAUGGAAGAGGAUGGAAAAGCUCAUGGUGUUUUCCUGUUCAACAGUAAUGCCAAGGAUGUAUUACUUCAGCCAACCCCGGCUCUGACCUGGAGAACCAUUGGCGGAAUCCUUGAUUUUUAUGUUUUCUUGGGUCCAGAUCCAAAAACAGUGAUAAGGCAGUACAUGGAUGUUAUUGGUUAUCCAAUAAUGCCUCCAUAUUGGAGUCUGGGAUUCCAUCUAUGUCGGUGGGGUUACUGGAGUACUAACAUUACUCGGCAGGUUGUUGCGAAUAUGUCUCGAGCCAAUAUGCCUCAGGAUGUGCAGUGGAAUGAUCUGGAUUAUAUGGACCAGAAAAAGGACUUCACUUACAACCUGCAGUACUUCGCAGACUACCCACAGAUGGUGAAAGAAUUUCACAAAAAGGGAUUGAAAUAUGUAAUGAUUGUGGAUCCAGGUAUCAGCAGUACACAGACAAAAGGAACAUAUAAGCCAUAUGAUGAUGGUGCAAAGAGAGGCGUUUUCAUUAAAAAUGAAACUGGCCAACCAUUAAUAGGAAAGGUUUGGCCUGGUCCAACUGCCUUUCCAGAUUUUACAAACCCAGACACUCAUUCCUGGUGGUACGAGAACAUCAAAGAAUUUCAUGAUAAAGUGUCAUUUGAUGGCAUGUGGAUUGAUAUGAAUGAACCAUCCAAUUUUGUUUCUGGAGCAAUUAGUGGCUGUCCGAAUAACAGUUUAGAAAAUCCUCCUUACGUACCAGGUGUGACUGGAGGAAAUCUGAGAUCUCGCACAGUGUGUAUGUCUGGAAAACAAUAUUUGUCAUCCCAUUAUAACCUACACAACCUUUAUGGGUUGACUGAGGCCAUUGCUUCUCAUAAUGCUUUGAUCAAGGUGAUUGGAAAACGUCCAUUUGUGAUUUCAAGGUCCACGUUUCCAAGUCAUGGUCGUUAUGCUGGCCACUGGACUGGAGACAUUGCAAGUGGCUGGAAAGAUAUGCAUUAUACUAUCCCAGCAAUAAUGCUGUUUAACAUGUUUGGAGUUCCCCUUGUUGGAGCAGAUGUCUGUGGUUUUCAUUGGACCACCACUGAAGAACUCUGUGUGCGCUGGAUGCAACUUGGAUCAUUCUACCCCUUUAUGCGGAAUCACAAUGACUGGAAACAACCGUCUCAGGAGCCAUAUGUCUUCAGUGAGUCCGCACAAUCAGCAAUGCGAAAAGCUCUCUUCUUGCGAUACAUGUUGUUGCCUUUCCUCUACACACUUUUUCACAGAGCUCACUCAGCUGGAGAAAUGGUUGUCCGGCCAUUGUCAUUUGAAUUCCCUCAAGAUCCAAACACUCCAAGCAUUGAUCGUCAGUUCAUGUGGGGUGAGACACUCCUCAUCACUCCAGUAUUGGAACCUAAAGCAUUGGAAGUGUCCGGCUACUUUCCUCCAACAACAUGGUACAAGCUGUAUGAUGGUUCUGUUAUCCAUAGCAAAGGUCAGUACAUAAUACUGCAGGCGCCAUUGGAUACUAUUAAUGUCCAUAUACGAGGAGGAUGCAUUUUACCUACACAGGAACCCAACACUACAACUGCUGCCUCUCGUAGGAACCCAUUUAGUCUGAUUGUGGCACUUUCUGAUCAAGGAAUUGCUAGAGGAGAACUCUUCUGGGAUGAUGGUGAUAGUCUGCUGAGUUAUGAAAAUGGUGAUUAUACAGAAAUUAUCUUUCUGGCAAAAAAUAAUGUGCUGUUCAGUGAAAUAAUCCAUUUGAAUAGCCAGAUAGACGGCCUUAAAUUGGAUAGUGUCAUGGUGUUUGGAGUUCCGUCAGCCCCACAGAAAGUUUCUGUUAAUGGAUUCUGGAUGUCUGACUUCUCUUACAGAACAGACACAAAGGUAUUAAAUUUGCAGAAUCUGUCUAUUCUAUUAAAAGAACAGUUCACAAUUGCUUGGGUCUGAAGUGAAGCAGAACCUGCACCUAUCAAGAAACCUACCAGAACAGAACAGACAAUAAUCAUAAACCAAUGAUACUACUGACAAUCGUUAAAAGGAAUAUUUAUGGAUUGUGUUUCAUAGUUGGACAAAAAUUACUGCCCGUCAUUUGAACUUGAAUUAAGGAAACAAAGAUUUAUUGUGCUUGGACAUGGUACCAAUUGCAACUUGUAACUUAAUUUGGGGGGGUUCAAAUGGGAGAAAGGAAUCUAUACUUGAGAUAUCUCCCCCUUUGUGGCAUUCAUGGCAUUAAACAAAGCUUCAAAGGAAAUUGAAGAACAUUGUACUCUGUCACAGAGGAGCUCGGAAGCAUUGCUGUAGUUUUUGGGACCUCUCUGUUUAUGGUACAAACUUUAUUCCUUACAGAAUUCAUAGUCGCAGAAAGGGGGUCCAUGGUAGAUUGCGGGUAACCAGGAAAUGAAGAAUAAAGUUAUUUUUCUUACUCCUCAAAAUGUCAUUUGACCUAAUCAGUAUUUUAUAUUGUAACAGCAUUGUGUUUUCCAAAUUGCCCUUUACGUGGAAAUUGCAAAUUUUUAAUAGAAAAGCAGAAACUCUCACCUAGCUUCAUAAGAGUUGAUUAAUGCAAGAGACUUGUUUAAUUGAGAGAUGGUCAGAUUACAACAAUUAAAAAUUAUGCAUUUUAUGCAACUGCA